AUGCCGAUCGAGCAGCAAAUCGUCGCAUACAUGAUCAAUGGAUCGUUUUAUGACAAGGAUGUACCGCCGAUGGAUGGCGACGAGUUGUUGCUGAUCAACAUAACUUUGAAUUCAUUUCGGUUGCUGGAUAUGGAUGAAGUGGAAGAAACGAUCCAGUACCAGAAUGAGUUUUUGAUGAUGUGGUUUGAUCCAACCCUCGGCUGGGACCGUCGUCUCUUCCCAGACUAUGAUUCAGAAUACGUGAUGGUCCCAGAAGACCAGCUCUGGAUUCCGGACGUCAUCUACUACAGCACAAUCGACAGCGAGCCAAUCCUUACUCCUAAAGAUAGUCUUGUCAUGAUCCGAUAUGACGGCUGGGUGAGGGUGUCUGUCCCGGCUACGGAUUUCCCUUACGACGAGCAGCACUGCAAAAUAACGCUCGGGUCGUGGAUUUUCACAGAAGAGCAGAUCACCGUUGUCCCAAACGAGGAGAAAAUUGCGCCGACGCCGCAAUCAAAUAUUGGACAG